AUGUUACCUGCGUGUAUGCUACAACCGAUGACCAUCGAGGGACCGUCCCCAAGUCGUAUGCGCGGCAACUCGAAGCGCGUGUCGCUUUUCUAGAGGACGUACUGCGACUACACGACAUAGAUGUCGAAAAAGCGCAGGCUUACCACUUGGAGCGGCAUCCUAAGUCUGUAACCGACAUAAUCGCAACUCCUUCCACAUCAUCGGCAGAAGGCGACAAGAGCUGCACUCAAGGCACUCUACGCUUUGACGAACCUUGCAAUCAUCCUGAUUACCCCGAGGGGCGCUUUUUUGGUGUCACAAGUGGCCGAGCGGAUCUUCACUGGCCAGAUGACCGUGCCGAGCAGAUAAACGACGAUUUGUGCUAUGAUCAGCAGCCCGAGUUGGAUGAAACGGCUUUGGCAACGACAGAGAGUUUACCAUCUACAUCACUAAAAGAGCAUCUCAUAGAUUGUUAUUUUGAAUGGGAGCAACCGUGGUGUCAAGUUGUGGAUGAGCAGCUUUUUCGCGAUAGUGAGAGAAAUGGAGGCCGGUAUAGUAGCCCGUUCCUGGUCAACAGUAUUCUCGCUAUGGGUUCUCGGUAUUCUGACCGCAUGGAUAUCCGACAAUCCCCAGCGCAUUCCAAUUGUGCCGGUCAGGUUUUUCUUGCUAGGGCAGAAAAGAUGUUGAACGCCGAACUGAAGAGGCCGACGGUAACUACAGUCCAAGCAUUGGCAAUAUUGGGGAUUUUUUAUGUAGUAAGUUAUUCGCUUGAAACACUCGGUUUGAUAGAAGCUAACUUUCCAAGGCUGUAGGACAAGAUACGGUAGGCUGGCUACAUCACGGAAUGUCUGUACAGCUAGCUCUUGAUAUCGGGAUUAACAUGGACAGCACUGUUCUCCACGGGUCUGAUCGGCUGACUCCUCAGGAGCUGAGAUUACGACAUCAGGUUUACUGGGCGCUGUACUGCGACGAUAAACUAUGGGCGAGCUAUACAGGCAGAGUCUGCCUCAUGCUGGUGAGUGCCGGUUCGAGAGGUUAUCUGAGAGACGGAGGGUGAUUCUGACCCUGCUUCUACAGGAUGUACAUGCUGCUGUGAACCUUCCAGCCCCGCCACUCCAGCAUGGUAG